CGAUCCUUCUUCUCAAACACCAAGAUAUCUGGUCUGUUACGCUUUAGGACAUGAUGCGUUUGGAUGAGAAAGUCCCAGAUUAAUCUACGCCUGGAAAUAUGUUCCAACAACUGAAAUUGACGUUUGCGUUGAUACUCUCCAUGAGUUUCUGUUUGGAGUCUAAUGCUGCGUCAGAUAUUUGCUCAACAUGUAGCUGUCGAAAUUCUGAGACAAAUAUAGAUUGUUCAUAUCGCAACCUGUUUUCUAUCCCACAACAAAUUCCACUGAACGUUGAAGUUUUGGAUUUCAGAGGUAACUAUAUCACGGAAAUACAAGUAGAAGCCUUCCGGAAUUUGACCAACUUAACAAGUCUAGAUUUGGAAAGCAAUAGAGUGAACGAAAUCAAGGCUGAAACCUUCCAGAAUCUUCCUAGUUUGAAAACACUAUAUUUGCAAUACAAUACCAUCGUAAAAAUUGCAGUCAGAGCCUUCGAUGAGUUGCCCAGUUUGAGAACACUAUUUUUAAGUGGGAAUAAAAUCACGGAAAUCAAUGCGGACACAUUCCGAAAUCUGUUCAGUUUAGCCUAUAUAUACACGGGUCAUAAUAAUAUCAGGGAAGUCAAGGCCGACACUUUCCAAAAUCUGUCCAGUUUAACAUAUAUAUCUUUGAGUUCAAAUUAUAUUCAGGAAAUCAAGGCCGACACCUUCCGAAAAGUGACCACCUUAACAUAUAUAGAUUUGAGUGAUAAUAAUAUCACAGACAUCGAAGCCGACACCUUCCGAGAUCUGUCCAGUUUAACACAUCUAUAUUUGAGGACUAAUGGUAUCACGGAGAUCAAGCCAGACACAUUCCAAAAUCUUUCCAAUUUAAAAGAACUAUAUUUAAGUUCGAAUAAAAUCAAGGAAAUCGAAGUAAACACCUUCCGAGAUUUGUCCAGUUUGAAACAUCUAUCUUUGAGUUCUAACGAGAUCACAGAAAUCCAGGUAGACACCUUCCAAAAUCUGUCCAAUUUAACAAAACUAUUUUUGAGUUCUCUUGAAAUCAAGGAAAUCAAGGCAGGAACCUUCCGAAAGCAGUCCAGUUUAACAGAUCUGAAUUUGAGUGGUAAUGAUCUCAAGAAAAUUGAGGGAGAAAUAUUCCGAAAUCUUUCCAGUUUAACAACUCUGGAUCUGGGUACUAUUGGUUUGAAGAAUAUCAAACCAGAAUUAUUCCAAUAUCUUUCCAGCUUAAAAAGUCUAUAUCUGCGUGGCAAUAACUUGACGAAUAUUCAACGUGAUGACUUCAAAUAUCUUCCGAAUUUAGAAAAAUUAUAUUUGGAGAAAAACAAAAUCGAGAACAUUCAAGAAGGAACCUUCGAGGCCGUUACCAGUUUAAAAAAUCUAUAUCUGAGUGACAAUAACAUCACAUAUAUUCAACGUGGUAUCUUCGAAAAUCUUCCAAAUCUACAAAGAUUAGUCUUGCGCAACAGCGGAAUAAAAAACUAUGAGGAUGGUGCGUUCUUAUUCCUUCCCAGUGUAAAUUACAUUGACCUCGGAAACAAUAAGGACAUGAUGUGUGAAUGUCACCUGCCGGCCAUCCUAAAUUAUACGAAGACAAUAUUGAAAAAAAAUGUAUACAUCUUGGGCGACUGUCGGACAGAUUUAGGCGAAUUAAUACGUAUAAUGAAAUAUAUGCAAUGUCAAAAUUACUCGUUGUUUCAACGGAAUUUGCAGUGUGAAACAUGUUCAGGGAUGAAGUGCAAGGACCCAAAAGUGACAAACUGUACAGCCGAUGAACCCGUAUGUGAAAGUAAGCUAUCCAUAAAUGAUGGAACAGUGAAGUUUGAAAAAUCCUGCAGCACCUACAGAGAAUGUCUUGAAGCUAUGAGAAACAAUACCUUUACGUGCAACAAAUGGACCAGCGACGUUUCGUGCGUUGUUUGUUGCACCGGAAACUUAUGCAGCAAGAACGAUCUCAUUGUAAACGCUGAGGGGGCGUUAACAAAACUCCUCAAAGUUCACAGAAAUCGGUGUAUUUCAAAGCAGAAGAUAUUGACUUGGCUGUAGACACUCAUGAGAAAUUGGUGCCAUUGAUACCGAACUUGCCCGCAAAUAUUAUACUGAAGAAUAUACUUCCUAGUAUUAACGAUAUAAUAAAAACACAGGAAGAGCUUUUGGAUAAAGCACAACAAUCAAAGAGAACUGGACAAAG